UUCAACAACUGCAGCCACCUCUGUAGCUUGCUAUCCAACAAAGUCGGAACAUUCAAGUUGUUUAGAUAAUUUCGUGGUUUAAUUGCCACUAUGAUUUACAUAUACUGACGUGGAAACAACUAGCUACCCCAUUUAAUAUUUACAGUGUAAGUCAACUAGCUGGCUGGUUAAGUUAGCACUAGUCUAGUCGCUAAUGCUAGCUAGCUGUUAUCCCCGACCAUGAGUUCACUAAGCUACUCUCCUCCUGCUAAAGAAGAGGUCUGCUGGACGGAGAAAGAAGCUCUGGUGAAAGAGGAGGAUGUUACAAUACAAAAACAAGUAGAAGGUGAGGCUGUUACUGUGAAAGAAGAAGAGAAAGACGCCUUCAGAGUGAAAGAGGAGGAGGAGGAUGUUACAGUGAAAGAAAAGGAGGAAGAUGCAGUUUUUGAAGUGGAGGAUGAAGUGAAAGAAGAUGAAGACGUUUUUGGAAUGAAGGAUGAAGAGGGCGAGAUUACUGUCACAUUAGAGGAUGACGAAGAAGAGAAGACUGGAGAACUGUUUAACACCAGUAAAUACAGAGAGAGAAGUGACUAUCGUGGAUCCUCUGGAGAGCCUCAACAACAUCAUGAUGCUGACGAGGCAGAGCAGAGUCUGUCCACAUCAGAACACCUCAAGAAACACCAGCAGAGACCCACAGGAAAGAUAUCUAUCUGCUGCUCUGACUGUGGGAAAGAUUGCAAAUCCUUAUCAGAACUUAAAAUACACCAGCGAGUACACACAGGAGAGAAACCUUACUGCUGCUCUGACUGCGGGAAACUUUUCUCAAGAUCAAAUUCACUGAAAGUACAUCUGAAAAUUCACACUGGAGAGAAAUCUCAUCGCUGCUCUGACUGUGGGAAACGUUGCAAAGAUUCAUCAGAACUUAAAAUACACCAGCGAGUACACACAGGAGAGAAGCCUCACCACUGUUCAGAUUGUGGGAAAAGCUUUUCAACAUCACAGACUUUGAAGCUGCACCAGAGAACACACACAGGAGAGAAACCUUUUAGCUGUGAUCAAUGUGGGAAGAGUUUUACUCAGUCAAGCUGCCUGAAAUCACACCAGAAAAUACACACUGGAGAGAAACCUUAUAGCUGUGCUCAAUGUGGGAAUUGUUUUGUUACAUCUAGCAACCUGAUAUCACACCAAAGAACACACACAGGAGAGAAAUCUUAUAGCUGUGAUCAAUGUGGGAAGCGUUUUGGUACAUCUCAAAAUUUGAUGAUACACCAGAGAACACACACGGGAGAGAAGCCUUAUAGCUGUGCUCAAUGUGUGAAGAGUUUUACUACAUCUAGCCAUCUGACUGUACACCAGAGAAGACACACAGGAGAGAAACCUUAUAGCUGUGAUCAAUGUGGGAAGAGUUUUGUUUCAUCUGGCCCUCUCGCUAAACACCAGAGAACACACACAGGAAAUAAACCUUAUAGCUGUGGUGAAUGUGGGAGGAGUUAUACUACAUCUAGCAAUCUGAUUGUGCACCAAAGGACACACACAGGAGAGCAGUCUUUUAGCUGUGAUCAAUGUGACAAGAGAUACUAUUAUAAAAGAUCUCUGACUAAACAUCAGAAAUUACAUGAAGAAGUUGUUUCAUGAUAUCAAUGAAAUAAUGUCACAAUGUAGAAUGUUUUAACAUUAUAGUAGGACUAUUUGAAUAAUGUCACAAUGUAGAAGCCUAAACGUUUGCCCCCUUAUCAAUUGAUUUCAGCAUGAUAUGGAUAUUAGCCUCAGGGGAAAAUCCAAGCUCUGAUUUGAAAGAGUACUAUUUAUGUGAUUUAACAAAAAGUGACUAACAAAAAAAGAUUCGUUAGAGUUGUGUUACACUUACCGCGUUGGUGACCCACUUGAAUCAAAAUGCAAUACUUCAAAAUGUAGCUUGCUGUUUUCUACAAGUUGUCCUUUAACCAGUGAUGUACACAUUAUUCCCAGAUUCCGUGUGGUCUUUGAGCUGUUAGUUUUAACAGAAUGUGCAACCUCAUCUCCCUCGGCACAUUUGAUUUCAACAUGAUAUAGAUGAGUGAUGACAAAUAAGUGUUGUGUUCCUUUGUUUAGCGACCCCUAAAUUUAAAUGUAUCACUCCAAAAUGUAGCUGACUGUCUUCUGCAGGUUGUCGUCUAACCAGUGAGGUAAAAUAUAUCUUUAUAUAUAUUGUAAUAUGAUUACUAUUGUGCAGAUGUUUGUGUAGAUAGUACAUUUUAUAUUUAGGGUUUCUAUAUAUCACAAACUGUUUCUGCAUAUUGGUUAUUGAUUUGAACACGUUAAAACUGUGUUUUGACAUUUGGGCUAUCCCACCAAAAUAGCAAGAUGUUGUUGACAAGACGUCCAAUAUACGUUCGGUUUUAGUUGGAAAGAUGUCGUUUUGUCAGUGACUUGAAAACAACUUAUUUUCAACGUACUUGCAGCCUAUACACAUGGACGCAGAAAAAUAAAUUGGCCAAUAAUCCAUUUUAUUACGUCACUCCAGUAUUUCUUGACAAAACUCAAAUGCUAAUUGUCUUCAGGGGUGAAUUGUACAACUGAAUGCGUCUUCCACAUUUAACCCAACCCCUCUGAAUCAGAGAGGUGCGUGGCGUUGCCUUAAUCGACGUCCACGGCGAGUUAACUGCCUUGCUUAGAAUGACAGAUUUUUACCUUGUCCACGGCAGGUUAAAACCUGUUAAGGAUACGCCCCUUUUUUCAAUUUUGACCUAAAAUGACCCAAAACUAACUGCCUGUAGCUCAGGCCCUGAAUCAAGGAUAUGCAUAUUUGUGCUACUAAUUGAAAGGAAAUACUUUUAACUUUGUCGAAAUGUGAAAGGAAUGUAGGAGAAUAUAACAGAAUAGAUCUGGUAAAAGAAAAUGCAAAGAAAAAAACAACCGUUCUUUUGUAUUUUUUUUGUACCAUCUUCUUUUGAUAUGCAAGACAAGUUUGAGACUGAUCCAAUGAACCAUUGCAUUUCUGUUUAAAAAAAUAAUAAUCAAGACUGCACAAAUGUGGCUAAUAUGUUUAUUAAUAACGUUUCAUGUUCAAAAUUAUGCACUCACCUCAAACAAUAGCAUGGUAUUCUUUCACUGUAAUAGCUACUGUAAAUUGGACAUUGCGGUUAGAUUAACAAGAAUUUAAGCUUUCUGCCAAUAUCAGAUGUGUCUAUGUCCUGGGAAAUGUUCUUGUUACUUACAACCUCAUGCUAAUCGCAUUAGCCUACGCUAGCUCAACCGUCCCAUGGUAUGGUGCAGCAUGGAAUAAUAAAAACAUGUAUCUUUUGUCAGGUUGGAUGUUUGAAAUAUGAGGUGAUUUGAGUCGUGCUUCUUCAGUAGUGGCAGGUAGCCUAGUGGUUAGAGCGUUGGGCCAGUAACCAAAAGGUUGCUGGAUCUAAUCCCGGAGCUGACAAGAUAAACAGCUAUCUAUUUAAGGGACAUUUCUGGUUUUCUUGAUGGGGAACGUAACAACAAACAAUGUAGUAAAACAAUCUUAUAUUUUGGGUUGGAUAUUGUAUCCAAUUGUUAAUAUUUUAAUCAAUGUAUUAUGGCAUUUCCUUAGAAUGCUCAUUAGUCUUUCAGUUGUUAAUCUUCUGUUUUUUAUCCUCUUAUGUAUGUUGUGGUAAAUAUUUGUUUAUUCCUGUGAAGCCAUUGUGUUGCAUCCAUGUCUGAAAUGUGCUGUUUAAAUAAAGCUUGAUUUGAACAUAUUGCAAAACAAAUUAACCCAAUGACCAACCAAUCAACAGACUCUUGCUAAACCAAUGACCAAAUAUGUGCAAAAGCAACACGUAUCUUGGUCCAUCUUAGUAUGAAAAACAGUAUAAAUUCAGUAUAUCUUCCACUAUGUCAAAAGAGUGCAUGGUAUGUACGUUUAGUAUCACCAACACCACCCCCGGCUCUACCAAGCAUUUCGCUACACUCGCAUUAACAUCUGCUAACCAUGUGUAUGUGACAAAUAAAAUUUGAUUUGAUUUGAUUUUUUACCAGAGGCUUGAGGUGGUCUCCCACAGCUCUGCUUAUGUCAUGUUCUGUGGCCUUGCUGUUCCAUUUCUUGACUCCCCAUGCAACACAGAAAUAAACACAUUUAGUCAUAUUAUAUACAACGCUCAAAGUAAUGGAUAUGGAGCACCUAUGGCCUCAGUUACACCUGGCACCUAAAUGUGACUUCUGUCAUCUGAUCACUCCAAGCUGCAUUAGGUUCAGAUCUACCAGGAUGGGCCUUUGACAUAGUCUGGACGCAGUCAGGCCACUGAAUAUGCAUAAGCAAUGUAAAGAGAUGUGGGGAAAAGUACAUUCUACACAAAUUACCUUCAUAAUAUCAAAGAUCAAAUGUGUGUGCCUGAGGGAAAAUUAACUUUCAUAUAGCCAAAGGGGGUGAGAAAUUGCACCAAUAUCAGUGGACAAUUUGCACUAAUGUAAAUGAACAUGGAUGAUAGAACAUAUUACCUUUUGCUUACGUGAUAACCCGCUAAGGGGACAUAAAUAUUUACCAUCUAAACCAUCUGUGACCUCUCACCUCUCUGGCUGUAGAAGUGUUCUUCCUAACCAGUCCCUCAACAGUUCUCUGACUGGGUCUUCAGAGUAGAGGAAGGCUGAGGAGGGAUGGAAGGAUGAAUUGAUCAGUCAGUCAAUAACAUGUAGAGCUGCUGUCUAUGCUGUAUGACAAAAUUACUAUUUUAGUAGUUCAUGACUGGUGAAUACCAACUAUCAAUCACUUAGAUCAUAUAUUUUCAGGUAGAGAUACAUCCUUGGGACGUCCCUAGCCCAUUGAAGUUGACAUUUAAAAUGGUUAAGGUAGGGUUUAGGGUAGGGAUGUCCCAAGGAUCCCAGAUAGCAUUGACCAUUGUGCAUUCUUCUGUCUCUUUUACGUAGCAGGUGAUGGGUUCUGAUUUCUGAACUUGAAAAUAUUAAAUAUCCUUAUGUGAAAUUGAAUAAUAAUGUAUGUUGAUUCUAAUAUGAUGUACAAUAUGUCAUGAAGUUUCUAUAUGACAACAAUAGUGUAAAAUGUUUAAUAUGUCAUAUACUAUUUUUUAACAGUUUCACUAAUUAAUUUUCAUUAACUUAAUCAAUAUGACACACCCCUCACUAUUGUCAUUGGUUACACUAAUUGCACUG